AUGAACGAAAAUCGUGCUUUUGCCAUUGUUAGUGCACUCCAGGAAACACUAGAUUCAUCGUCAGAUGAUGAGGAACUCAUCAGUUUAAUUUUCUCGUCAUCCUCUAGUGAAGAAACCGAUGGAGUUGAAGUAUAUGCGGUACAGAGAAGAGGGCCGAUGCAAAAGAGGCCUCGCAUUGAAGAGUUUGUAGAACGCACAGUGCCGGGUUUCUCCUCAGAAGAAUUUAAAUCGCAUUUUAGAAUGCUGCCAGAAACUUUCGAAUUUGUUUUGGGACAUGUUGGACCAUUGUUAAGCACAGCUGGGCCUAGUUCUCGACCACAAACUCCUGCAAAGACUCAACUGCUACUGGUGUUAUGGUUAAUGACAACUCCCGAUUCAUAUAGGUCUGCUUGCACAAAGUUUAAUGUAGGGAAAGCAACCUGUGUACGUUCAAUGCGAAGAGUUUGUCGAGCUCUACAUACCUUAGCUCCUAGAUUCAUAAGGUGGCCUGAGGGACAACGAGCUCAAGAAGUGAUAGGAGAAUUUGUACGUGCUAGUGCUUUCCCUGGAGUUAUUGGUGCAAUAGAUGGGACUCACAUUGAAAUUAAUAAACCCAAAGAUGAUGAACAUAAUGCAUAUUGCAAUAGAAAGGGAUAUCCAUCAUGCAUAUUGCAAUAG